AUCAACGUCAUAACUCGUAAUAAAUUAAUAUCGAUUGAAUGUUAAAAACAUCUUUAAAACUUACUAGUAUCCUAAUAUUUAAUCUAUGCCCAGUUUACCUAAAAGUUAAAUUAUCAAAAUAAAUGUCCGUUAUAAUGCAGAAAUGUGGUGAUGAUAAUAUACCUCUUGCAGAUGACGACCCUCAAGUCAUCAUUUCCGAUGACACGGAUAACAACCGUUUAGAUCAUGGUCGUUCGAUGGACUCAUUACCCAGUUCUUACACUGCAGGAUCUUCAAGCCCUGGCUUAAACGGACCAGCUAGUUUUGAACCUGAUUCCGGCAUAGAUGAGCAAGAGGAAAAGGCUCGUUUGAUAUCACAAGUUUUGGAGCUUCAAAAUACUCUGGAUGACCUUUCACAAAGAGUUGACUCUGUUAAAGAAGAAAACCUAAAACUCCGCUCCGAGAAUCAAGUUCUCGGACAAUAUAUAGAAAAUCUCAUGUCGGCAUCAUCAGUAUUUCAAUCCACUACUCCCAAUAUACAAAAGAAGUGAAUUAUUUAACCAUAUUAUCUUCAUUGGUUUUUAGUAACUCAUGUUGUUGUGUAGGAAACAUAAACCUCUGAUAAUUAAUUAUUAAAUAGCUUGUUACUGAUAUUAUGAUUCAAAUAUAUCUUUGGGUCCUUGUGCAUAAUUUAUUAUAUAUUUUAGUCAAAAAAAUGCUUAAUCUUUAACUAUCUAAAAAUCGGUUGAGGCGAAAAAACAAAAAGAAACCGAAAAAUCCAGAAUAAUUAUUCUCACAAAUAAUUCCCAAAUAAAGUUUUAGAUAAGAAUACAUCCACUAUAAAAUGAGUAUUAGUGGAUGUAUUUUUUUAUAUUUUCCUACUCAUUCAUUAAAUUAUGUAGAGUGGGUAUAUUUAAAAUGUAAAAUUAUUUUAUGUUCUUAUUGGUUAAUUUAAAUAUUUAAUAUUAUUAUGCUUUAAUUAUCCAGCAUGGAGUAUUUUUUCAAUUUAUUAUGAGAGACAUUUACUUUUACAUCAGGAUCUUCUCAGAUAGGACAAAUUUGUUGUUAUGAAAUGAAAUGAUAAAAAUACAUACUUAAAUGCUGGAAAUUCAUUACUCAAACUUUUAGUUAACAAUGACAUUUUCUAUCAAAAAAUUAAUGAAAUGUUUCUACUUUUGUAAUACUGUUUGUUACAAUAUACCAAUUAAUUUUGUUAAAAAAACAAAACCAAACUAAUUGUUCAAUUAUUCUUAAGCACACAAAAUAACUUGUUUUUUAAGUAUUAUGGCAAGCAUCCCAAGCAGAAUGAAAUUAACAAAGCGACAAUGCCCUUUGUUAACACAAAACAUGGUAAAUUAUAAAUGUAAGGUGUUAUUUCACUACGAAACUGUGAUAAUGCAGUUGAUCUAUUAAUUUAUAUGUAAGGUUUAGUUAAAUAUUUUCUUACUGUGUAUGUUUUACCAUUGGCACUUGUAUGUUGCUGGAUAUUUUUUUCUACAUGAUCAAUGAUCUGAUAAGGAAGCUAUUUUUCUUUUUAAUAAUUUAUAUGAAUACUAUUGUAAAAUGUUUCAAUUUCAUAAUGCAUUUUAAGUUUUUCCUUUAUUUUAUAAUGCUUAGUUACACUUUAUCAUUACAUGCUUAAUUUUAAUGGUUAUAGACAGGUUUUGUGUAUACAAUUGUUAUAUGAGGUGAUGGACGUUUAUCCAACGUUUGAUGAUUAUUAAAUAGAAAACUACAAAAAAGAGAUCAUUAUUUCAGUGAAACUUCUGUUUUACGAAAUAUCUUCUUUGUCAAAAUAGGUGGAGAAAUAUGUUUCUAUUCCGAAACGUUAGGUUUUACAGAAAUACCCAAAAUCCCAAUCGCCUCGUUGGUGAUACUAGUAACAAUGACAUUUUUAACAGAAAGCGGAAUCAUGUUGGUAUUGAUAUACUAUAGGUAAUUUAUGUAGGUUCUCAAUUCUUAAAAUAUUUUAUGUUUAUCACAAAACCCUAAAAAGCAUUAAGUGCGCAAGUUUGCAUGCCCCUCAUAUGAGCUAUAUGUACUGCACGCUUUUGAGAUGUAUCACGAAACAAUUAUUUUUACAGAAAUACAUUCCACUGCACACUAUAAAAUUACAGUUUAAGGUACAUACCUAAAAUUAGUAAAAUGCAAAAUUAAUUAAAUUAAGUUCUCUUAGAGCCUCUCAUGUAACUUGAAGUCUUCAUGUUCAUGUUAAAACAGCUUAUAUCUCUAUUAUAAAAAGUAACAUCAAAUGUGUUUUUUUACUUAAGCCCAUAUA